CUUAUGGAAACUGAGGAUGAGCAUGUUCAGAUCAUGAAAGUUUCAGGAUGACGACAAUGAUUGACACCACCUGUGACACCAAUUUGUUACUGAUGAUUGAUCUGACCUUGUGGUAUGGGUGUAAGUGGCAUCCACAACAACAUCUGUAGUGAUACAACAUGGAGCAGGCAGGUGGGCACCAUAGAGGUCAAGUCGGAGAAGGAAGAGGAGGAAGACGUGGUCAAAGGAAUGGCAGGGGACAAGCACCCCUUUUGAGAGGUGGCCAUGGGCCCCGUUUGAGAGGUGGCCAUGGGCCCCGUUUGAGAGGUGUGGGGGAACGGGGUCGAGGACAAGGACCAAGACAGCAACGGCAAAGAGUCUCCAAUGAGAUUAGAGCAAUGGUUGUAGAUCAUGUCAUCAAUCAUGGCAUGACAAUGAUUGAGGCAGCGAGAAUGAUACAACCAAACCUUAAAAGAUCAACCGUGGCCUCAAUCAUUAGAACUUUCCGCAUAAGUCUUCAGCAUGCACUACAGUAAACAUUACAGUACUGUAGGCUACUCUUACUGUAAUUGUCAAAUGAUUGUACACUGCAUGCCAAUGUGCAGCACAGAGUAGGUAAUGUGACUAUGAAAAUGUGUUCUACAGUAUGAUGACAUGUUCUUCCUGUCAUAUUCCCUACAGAAUUGAGACUAGACCCAAUAGUGGAGGCAGAGGCAGACUCCUCACUGAGGAACAGGAACGGGCUGUGGUCAACAUGGUCCGGGCCAGAAAUGACAUUCGGCUUAGAGAAAUCAGACAGAACAUCCUGGACGAUGAAGAUCUCUUCAGGAAUGUGGAAGCCAUAAGUUUGCCGACCAUUGCACGUGUUCUGAAAAGGCACCAGGUGUCCCUCAAACAGUUGUACCGUGUGCCUUUUGAAAGAAAUGCAGACAGAGUGAAGCAACUGAGGAUUGAGUAUGUUCAGAGGGUGAUGGCCCUGGAUGCGGAUGAAAAUCAUCACAAAUUUGUUUUUGUGGACGAGGCAGGCUUCAACCUGGCCAAGACAAGGAGGAGAGGGCGAAAUUUAAUUGGCCAGCGGGCAACCAUACAAGUACCUGCACGACGUGGGGCCAACAUCAGUAUGUGUGCGGCGAUAUCAGAAGAUGGUGUGGUAGGGCGUAGAUCUCCGAUUGGCGCAUACAAUGCAGAGCUCCUUGUUGCAUUUCUUGAUGAGCUAACUCUAGUCUGUAGAGCUGUUGGUGUAAUUUAUGUCAUUGUGUGGGACAACGUCAGGUUCCACCGCGCUCAUCUGGUGCAGGCAUGGUUUCAGGCCCAUCCACAGUUCCUCACUGAGUACUUGCCCCCAUACUCUCCUUUCCUUAACCCCACUGAGGAAUGUUUCUCCACAUGGAGGUGGAAAGUGUAUGAUCGGCAUCUGCAUCAACAAGUGACCCUUCUUCAGGCCAUGGACAAUGGACAAUGCCUGCGAUGACAUUACAGCAGACCAGUGUCAGGCCUGGAUUCGCCAUGCGCGAAGGUACUUUCCAAGAUGUUUGGCAAACGAAAACAUCUAUGCGGAUGUGGAUGAGAACCUGUGGCCCAAUCCACAAGACAGGGUUGAUGUGGAUGACGAGUGAUUGUUGAUCCUUUGUUUAGCUUUUUUUUUUCUUACUGUGCAGUAGCCAGGUGAGGAACACGGCAGUUUGUUUUGCAGGACUUUUUUUUUGUUUUGUUACAGUAAUUGUUGCUUUCAUUCAACCUAUGGUGUCAUUUAGUUUGUAUUCAUCAAUAAAUUUCAGCUUUGUUCAUUGAUUCCACUGUGUCUGUGGUAUUCUCUCUACUAAUCCUUUUUCAGUGACAUUAUGUGUAGCACAGGAUGAAACAUGUAUCACAUAUUUUGUACUACAAUAUUUAAUGGUUGUACGAACAACUAAACAGUGAAACUAUGUGUAUGUUGUGUGUGGGUGAUCUAAAGAAAUGUCCCUAUGGUAUUUUGGUAUUUCAUGAUAAAUUAGUUGUUUGAACCAAUGAUUCUGUGAGUGCAAGCUUUCUUUAAAGAUAUGAAUACACAAUGCAAUGUUUUGAACGUUGGACAGCCUGUGAUACAAGUGGUGACCGUUUUGAGUUUUGUAUCUAGAGUUGUGAAAAAUGACAUCAAGGUUCUGAAACUAGUGUCAAAGCGAUUGACAAAAACUGUAGUGUUGGUUGUGUGUGUGAAUGAGUGUGUGAGUGUCUGUGUGUGUGUCUAUGUGAGUCUGUGUGUGAGUGAGUAUGAGUCAGCGUCU